AUGGGAUUUGGUCCCAGGUGGAGAGGUUGGAUUAGAAAAUGUGUUUCCACAACUUCUGUUUCGGUUUUAGUUAAUGGAGUUCCUUAUAAGGAAAUCCCAUUGGCAAAGGGACUUAGACAGGGAUGCUCUUUAUCCCCUUUAUUGUUUAAUUUUAUUGGAGAACUUCUCAAUUUGCUGAUUUUAAAGGUUAUUGAUCAGGGGCUGUUUUCUGGGCUAGUUCUUGGCAGAAAUGAAGGCUCAUUCACUUUAUCUCAUUUACAGUUUACGGAUUAUCUCAUUAUAUUUUAUGGUGCAUCUAAAAUGCAUAUUUUAAAUGUGAAGAGGGUGUUUCAUGCGUUUCAAGUAAUUUCAGGUUUACAGCUUAACAUGAAGAAAAGUAAACUGUUUGGUGUUAAUUUGAAUGAGGAGGAAGUUCAGGAUUGGGCGAACACUAUCGGUUGUUCAGUUGGUAGUUUUCCCUCUAACUAUCUAGGGCUUCCUUUGGGAGCUAAUAGGAAUUCAGUAGCUCUAUGGAAUCCAAUGGUUAAUAAUUUUACCAGAAAAUUAUCUGGGUGGAAGGCUUCUUCCCUUUCUUUAGCAGGAAGAUUGAUUUCUGAUGGGAUGAUUUGGAAAGGUACUGGGGAUGGGGUAUACACUGUAAAUUCUGGUAUGAAGUUAUAUUCAUCAGAUUCUUUGGGUUCGGAGGACUUCCACUUUUGGAAGAAGAUUAUUUGGAGGGGUGAUUUGCCGCCAAGAGUGGAGUCUUUUAUGUGGCAGGUUGUUUUAGGGAAGCUGGUUGUUAAGAUAGAACUUGUUAAAAGAGGUGUUCAAGGUAUUGAAGACGUGGGGACUCAUGUUCUUUUAAUGCCAAACAGAUUGUUUCUGUUUCUCCUUGGUCCCCCUCCUCCUAAAGGUUUUGUAAAACUUAAUGUUGACGCAACUACUACUAGAGAUUGGAAGAAGAGUGGGAUAGAAGGAGUUUUAAAGGAUUUCACAGGGUUGACCUUAGGCUUUUUCAAGGAAAUUGCUGGUCUGGGGCCUCCGACCUAUAUGGAAUUAAAAGCUAUUCAGAAGGGGUUGGUGUUCUAUGCUGAUUUUUGA